CCACGUGACUGGAGGCGGCUGUCAAUCACCUGCCGCGAGGGUCGCAGUUUGGAGCUGGAGGUCUUGGGCGCGCGCGCUCUGUUCGGCGGGUUCGCGGCGAGGGGAGCUGCGCGUCUGUGCCUUGCAAAGAUGUCGGUGGAUCUCGGCGCGUGGGGCGGCCCGCUGAGCCUCAGCGAGGUGGAGGAGAAGCCGGCGAGGCCGAUGCGGGUCCGCUAUGUUGGGGGAGUGGAAAUCGACGAGCUGGGCAAAGUGCUCACUCCCACCCAGGUUAAGAAUCGCCCGACAUCCGUUGAAUGGGAUGACUGUAACCCAGAGAAACUUUACACCUUGGUUCUAACCGACCCUGAUGCCCCCAGCAGGAAAACCCCCAAGUUUAGGGAGUGGCACCAUUUCCUGGUGACCAACAUGAAGGGCAACGAUGUCAGCAGUGGGUGCGUCCUGUCUGACUACGUUGGCUCCGGACCUCCCAAAGGAACAGGGCUGCAUCGCUACGUUUGGCUGGUCUAUGAGCAGCCGCAGCAACUGAACUGCAAUGAACCCAUCCUCAGCAAUCGCUCCGGUGAUAAACGUGGCAAUUUCCAAGUGGCAGCUUUCCGCAAGAAGUACAAGUUGGGCCCCCCUGUGGCUGGCACGUGCUACCAGGCCGAGUGGGAUGACUACGUGCCAAAGCUCUAUGAACAGCUCUCUGGGAAGUAGAGCUGCCCUGUUUUCUUGCCCUCUUCCCCGCCCCUGUAGUGUUAAAUGAGUUGCACGAAUACCAAUAAAGAUACCUGGGCCACUCUUA